AUGUCUUCUAAAGUAUACGAGCCUAUUGCCAAUCAUGCUAUCUCUGUGUACCCUCGGCUUAAUGCUCCGGGAUUCGAGUCGAGCAAGGUGUUUGCACUGACAGCCCUGUACCUGGCAUCGCCACCCCCUGGCUUCCCCAGUCAGCGCGCGCUUGGCAAGCACUUGUCGUCGCUGUACCUCUUCGUCUUGCACCCCAACAAGCGCGCAGGGAAGAAUGGCGACUUCCCUGAUGCGCCUGAGGUGUUCUAUAUCAAUGUAACAAAGAAUAAGACCGAGGUGGGUCGCGGCGCGGCAAGCAAGUUUAGCAAGCGUCUGCUCCAAGGCCGCACUCGCAACGUGGUUGUCGUGGAAUGCUCGGACAGGGACCUUGUGAACAUGGCAACGGGCAAGUCCCCGGUGAGCGCCAUGAUGGAUAAGAAAAAGAUCGUGAUUCGUGGCGACAUUGAAAAACUCGAAAAGAUCAGUGAGAUCCUGUACCAUGAGCGCUCCAAGCUGUACAGGUCGGUCGUGAGCGAGCCUGUGAAAAAGGAAGCGCAGGAAGUGCAGCUGGACGAGGAACCUCUUCAGUACAGCAUCAACAAUGUACCCCGUGCCCGCCUCUAA